UCAUGUAAGCCUUUUGUUAGGAAACAGAGGCCUGGGUUAACGCCUUGAAUUCAACCUUCCAGCAACCGCUCGUUACAAAAGAAACUUAAGUGGGCUAUGGAGGAGAAAAGGAAAGCAGAGGGUCUGGUGAGGCACACGGGCGGCUGCCACUGUGGUGCUAUACGUUUUGAAGUGUGGAAUGCUCCGGAUUUGCACGUAUUUGAUUGCAAGUAUGGGUUUUUUGUCAAGAUCAAGAGUUGCAGCAUUUGUACCAAGAAGCAGAACCGGCAUUUUAUUGUUCCCAAGGCCCACUUUACGUUGCUUCAGGGCUCAGAGAACAUAACCACAUACACAUUCAAUACACACACAGCCAAGCACACAUUUUGCAAGAUAUGUGGUGUGCAAAGUUUCUACACACCCCGAUCGAAUCCUGAUGGCUUUGGUGUGGCUCCACAUUGCCUGGACCCUGGAACUGUAAAGAGUGCAACAGUUGAACAGUUCUGUGGUGAGAACUGGGAGGAGAGCAUGCAGAAACACAACACUAUAAGGAGUAUGUCCAGGCCUACAGAAGAAGCCAAGUAAUCUAUUAAUACACAUGUGACCUUUCAUUCAAAAUGAAUGAAGCAUUCAUUUUGUUUGGGUCAAAUUAUAAAGGAUAGGCUACACUAGCUACUUCUAAAGCUAUGAUUCUGAAAGCAGAGGUGCCACAUGGGAUAAUUACAGUACAAGGUCUUCUUGGAGUUAAUACACGUGUAUAAGGCACAGCAGGAGUACAGAGGCCAUGUUUUAAGUCACCUGUUAUUGUGGUAUUACUCAUUCAGUAGUGAUUCACACUGUGUAGCAUGGCACUGAGAUGGUCUGCAUGCAAACACACUUUGAAACUAACACGUAUUCCCAGAGAAAUAAUCAUCAUGACUUCCAUGUGAAAUAAAAUAUCUGACUAAACAUCA